AUGGACGGGCCCGCAUGCAACUGCACGACCAGGGUCAAUACACAGCACAUCGCCGAUUUCCUACCCGAGUACUCGGAACUUGUAGGCUCGUCGGUUGCGCUGAAUACAACCAUCGCAACAAGCUCGUUGCUGACUCCGCUCGGAGCGACGCGCACUCCGGCCACUACUACUGCCACUACCACUGCGACCUCGUCAUCAGCCCUGGGGGCCUCCGGUACAGGCACAACUAGUCUUGCGACAACAUUGGGAGCGAUGCAUCCAUCCACAUCGACUACAUCGUCAGUAUUGCCGACUCAGACAGCGGGGAGCACUAGCAGCGACAGUCUCAAGUUUGGCCUUGGUAUCGGAAUCCCGCUCGCAGCUCUGGCUAUCGUCCUCGUGGUAGUCUUCUUGAUCAUGCAGCGCCGCUGGAAGAAACGGCAGGUUCUAACGGAGAUGAAGAGGACAUCGCAGCAUGUAUUCUAUCCGCAACCGUACCCCGAGCGACCACGACCACCGCCGGCGUAUGUGAAGACGAAUCCGAACGCGGAAUUGAGACAGACGCAUAUCUUCGAGGCGCCGGGGGAUGAGGGGAUGAGGAUAUAG